AUGGAGUACGGCGCAAAAAACCCAGUGGAUCCAGCUGCCGCUGGCAGUUCACAUGUACGGAUACCUAACAUCAAACCUCGAGCAAUGGCUUCAGCAACGACCAAUGUGCUUGGACUCUUGCAUGACAGCCUACUGCCAUCUUUGAACCUGCAUUCAUCUCUUGCACUUGUCGCCUAUACCGCCAGUCGCGUGACCCGUCGGGUCGAACUCAAGGACUGGCUAUGGCCCUCGGGAAUGGUGCUUAAUGCAUGGUAUCACGGAGUUUGGGCACGUAGCUCAGAGACCGGACUUAGUCUUAGAGAAUCACUAUCGACUCUUGGCUGGACACAAAAGCUUCUCCUCGGCGGUGUUACAAUUUGGGGUGCUCGUCUCUUUGCCCGUAUCGCUACUCGUAGUGUCAAGCGUGGAAAGGACGAUCCCAGAUACGACGACAUGAACCAGGACACCAGCUUCUGGAACAAAGCCUUCUUCACUGUCUUCUUACCCGAGGCUGUCUUCCAAGCACUCAUCUCGCUCUCAUGGUCUGUAGCCUUGCAGCAAGGUACAAUUGGAAGCAUUGAAGCCACUCCUCCGCAAUAUGGCGCUCUACUGCAUGGACUUGCGAUCGGUCUUUAUACCGCUGGUCUCAACAUGGAGGCCCUAGCCGAUCAGCAGAUUGAGGAGCACAAGAAGAAAAGCGAUGACCUCAACCGCAGCGGCGUCUUCUCGAUCGUGCGUCACCCUAACUACCUUGGCGAUGCUCUGGUCCACUUCUCAUUCCCACUGCUCCUGGCUGCCAACGGCAUGUUCAACUCGCUCAGUCUCGUAGGACCGUUGGCCAAUUACGCCUUCCUGCGCUUUAUUGGCGGUGACAAGCAGAACGAGGAAUCGCAGGAGCAACGUUACAAGACAGAAGCACCCAAGAAGUAUGCCCAGCUGGAGGAGUGGCGCGCAAACAAGAAUAGCUUCUGGCCUGCACUGAGAGAAGUAACCAACCCCUGGUCCCUUGCUUUGGUUGGAAUUGGAGCGGUUGGUGUCUUGGCUGAGCGUGGCCUCAGAAGAUUCAUUUUGGCCUGA